UGUUGAUAUUGUCUUACUAAAUCCUUUUUUCUCUGUACAGAUGUUUCCCGCUGGGCUCUGGCUCUAGGAUGUUGGAGAACCGAGAAGAAGAGCUGACCACGGUGCGUGUUCAGGACCCCCGGGUGCAGAACGAAGGCUCCUGGAACUCCUAUGUGGAUUAUAAAAUCUUCCUCCAUACCAACAGCAAGGCCUUUACUGCCAAGACCUCAUGCGUGCGGCGCCGGUACCGUGAAUUCGUGUGGCUGAGGAGGCAGCUCCAGAAGAAUGCUGGCUUGGUGCCAGUCCCAGAGCUGCCCGGGAAAUCCACCUUCUUCGUGGGCAGCACGGAUGAGUUCAUCGAGAAGCGGAGACAGGGGCUGCAGCAGUUCCUGGAGAAGGUUGUGCAGAACGUGGUCCUCCUCUCCGACAGCCGGCUGCACCUUUUCCUGCAGAGCCAGCUCUCGGUACCCGAGAUAGAGGCGUGCGUGCAAGGCCAGGGCUCGCAGACAGUGACGGAAGCCAUCCUGCACUACGCCAUGUCCAACUGCGGCUGGGUGCAGGAGGAAGAGAGCCGCCCCGCGCUGCUGCCGGGAGGGGACCUGCAUGGCAGCUGUGCCGGCCUGGGAAGCCCGCAGGGUCCGAGCUGCCUGGAGACCUUCCCGCACUGGAGCGACUUCGGCAUGGACGACACCCACUCGGACGGUCCGGAUGAGCCAGCUGAGCCCUUGGGCGGGCGGCGUGAGGUGCAGUAAACUGCUCUAGCGACCUCGCCUGCCUUCCCCGGGACCUGCAGCCCUCGCUGGAAGAGGGACCGCCGCUGAGCCGGAGGGACGUCCAGGCUGGCGGGACUGGGGCUGCCCUGGGAACAUGGCCUUGUCCUGGGCUCUGCGGUGUCCGGGGCUCACGUGUUCUCUCCCUGCUGACUCUUGACUGUCCUUGAUGUCCCAGGCAGUGUGUUCGUAUCGCUCUUCUCUUUGGAGGAGAGAUCUAGUGGUUAGUGAAACCUGUGUUUGUUGUUCCCAUGGCCUUUGCUCUCUGACUGGAGCAGUAGCAGUUAGGUGGCAGUGCCAGCGAGGCUCUGUGUUCUUGGCACGUCCCUGACCCGGCGCAGGGUGGGAUACGCUGCCUCACGUCCGGCACGACGGAGGAAGGCUUUCCUUGGUGGAGCUGGAGGCUGGGAGCAGGGGCUGGCCGCUGCCCAGCAGGGUCUCUUCGGUUUAGCGUUCCCCUCUGUGCUGCAAGCAGGGGAGGCUGCAUUUCCCUGGUAGUGGCUGCGCUGUGCGGCUCCUGGGGAGGGUGGUCUCAGCUGCGUGGAGCCGGAGCCCACACCUGGGGCCUCCUGGCAGAGCUCGCCCCGCAGGUUGCCUGCAGCUGGGACGAACAGAGAUGAGCUUCCCCCUGGGAGCGUGGGGCUGGGGAACGAGUCGGUGGGGAGGUAGAGGGGGGCAGUUUGUCUCCCCUGCCCUUUUGAAGGGCUGCCCCUUCCAGAUGGGCUCCUUCCUUGCACACGGAUUGCCAUGCACAGGGCGGAACGGGGGGGCGCCUCACAGCCAGGAUCUAGUUUGCUUGGAAAAAAGGAGCAUGUAGCUGCCUCGGAGUCCGGCAGCGCUUGGGCUCCGGCUACUCCUGACGCUGCUCCCCGUGCUCUCCUGCACCUUUUCCUCCCACCCUCAGCACUGGUGAAGGCAGAGCCGAGGUGCUCUGACUUGAAAUAAAAAUGAAAUAGAAGA